UUGUAUGAAAGAAUGACCUUGUAUUGUAAUAAUCAAUUUUCCAUAAUAGUCAAAUUUAAUUAGUAUAUACUUUAUAGAUUAAAAAAAAAAAUUUUAAUAAUAAUAAUAAUUAUAAAUAAUUAAAUUGUGCUUGAUGUAUUUUUGUUUAUUCAAUUUUCAAUAAUUGGUUAUUAUGAACGAAAUAUCAAAUCCUGAGGAAAUAAUUGAAGUCGAUAAGAGAGUUGAAACAACUUCUUAUUUAAGAAAUGGACGUAGAAACAACAACAUAAGCACAGAUCCAUCAUCUUUAUCUCAAAGUCAUAAUGAUGUUGAUGUAGUACAAAUAUGGAGGCAAUUACCAGAAGCUAUUCGAUUGGAUCCAAGUUUAGCAGCUUUUCAAACAGAAUAUGAAAAACUUCAUGGAGGUGAUAAAUCAAUAUGCUCCAUAAAUACACCAUCUGGAGAACGUUUAGUUCUUAAUGUGUCCUUUGAUCGACCAAUUGAAAAAGAGAAACAGAAUGUAUGCUUAGAUGACGAGGAUGAUGAAGUUGAAAUAAAAGGAGGAAAAGAAAGACCUUUUUUCCGCUAUAUAAAAUUAAUUCUACUUGUAUUGUGUUGGCUUAUUUUUACUAUAAGCUUAACAACUAAUAAAGAAGUGUUGGAAGAAAUGCACAAAGUUUCCAUUCCUAUUAAUGAAAUUCAAAAUUAUAAAAUAUUAAAACGUCCUAUCAGUGAUAGAAUUACAGUUAAUAUAGAAAGUUCACUUUUGCCACAAAUCAAUGCAAAUGCGAGUAUAAAUCUUACUUCAAAUUAUUUAAUCGUUUGGAUAGAGAAGAUCAACUAUUUUAAUGAUGUUAGCAAUAAUUUUUCUUAUGAAAAUAUUAAACACAUUCAGAAUUUAAGUGAAUCAUGGAUACUUCCAUUAUUUCCUUCGGAACUUAUUGACUAUUUACCCGAUAGAAGACGGCAUAAUACAUUCGUGCUUGAAAAUUUGACUAACGAAUCAUUUGGAGAUGUGGUGGCUGUGUGUAUGAAAACAAAUUUACCAAUUAAUUUACCAAUUUCAAUUGGUUAUAAUUUAUCACCUAUUAAUAAGGACGAUGGAUUUGUGUACGCUGCUGUAAUAUUAAUUGGUCUUUAUAUUCUCAUUAUAUUUGAGGUGGUUCAUAAAACAAUAGCAGCAAUGAUGGCAUCAACAAUGUCAUUGGCAGUUUUGGCGGCAUUAGAUCAAAGACCAAGUAUGAAGGAAGUAAUUUCAUGGAUAGAUAUGGACACUUUAAUGUUACUUUUUGCAAUGAUGAUUCUUGUAGCUGUUAUUGGAGAAACUGGAAUAUUCGAUUAUUUGUCUGUUUAUGCUUACAAGGUAACUGGUGGACAAAUUUGGCCUCUUGUCAGUAUACUUUGCCUAUUUACAGUUGUUAUAUCAACUGUAUUGGAUAAUGUGACAACUAUUUUGCUUAUGACACCUGUGACAAUAAGAUUAUGUGAAGUUAUGGAAGUUAAUCCUGUUCCAAUUUUAACAGCAAUGGUAAUUUAUUCAAAUAUUGGUGGUGGCUUAACACCAAUUGGUGAUCCUCCAAAUAUUAUUAUUGCAUCUAAUAAAGAAAUACAAAAUGCAGGAAUUGAUUUUAUUUCAUUUGUUAUGCAUAUGAGUAUUGGCGUUGUUUUUGCAGUAAUAGCCGUUUAUGCUGAAUUACGUUAUGUAUUUCGUGAUGUAUCUAAUUUUAAAUUUGAUGAACCUCUAGAAGUUCAGGAAAUAAGACAUGAAAUAGCAAUUUGGCAAAAAGCGGCAGCAAGUCUUUCGAGUUAUAGUAAAGAUGAAAAUAUGGUUCGCGAAACAUUGAUGAAAAAAGUAAGACGGCUUUUGUCGCGAUUAAAAUUGAAAUUAUUAACUGGAAGUAUAAAAUUUGAAAAUUAUAAAGCAACAUUGGAGGAGUUACAAGAAAAAUAUCCUAUUCGUGAUAAAUGGCUACUUGCAAAAUCAGGAUGUGCAUUAACAUUUGUCAUUGUUAUGUUUUUUAUACAUAGUUUACCAAAUGUGAAUUUAUCAUUAGGAUGGAUUUCACUACUUGGGGCAAUUUUAUUACUUAUUUUAGCUGAUUCUGAAAAUCUUGAUGGUCUCAUGGCACGUGUUGAAUGGAGUACAUUAUUAUUUUUUGCGGCAUUAUUUAUUCUCAUGGAAGCUCUUUCUCAGUUGGGACUAAUGAUAUGGAUUGGAAAACAAACAGAGGCAAUUAUUCUUUCUGUUGAUCAAGAAUCGAGAUUGGCAAUUGCAAUAAUUUUAAUUCUUUGGAUAUCUGCUAUUGUCAGUGCAUUUGUUGAUAAUGUACCAUUGUGUACAAUGAUGGUGAGAAUUGUGAUAAAUUUGUCACAAAAUCAUCAACUUGGAUUACCAUUACAACCAUUGGUUUGGGCAUUAGCAUUUGGAUCAUGUUUAGGAGGAAAUGGUACAUUAAUUGGAUCAACUGCAAAUGUUGUGUGUGCUGGAGUUGCCGAACAACAUGGUUACAAAUUUUCAUUUUUACAAUUUUUCAAAGUUGGUUUUCCAAUAAUGAUUACCAGUACACUUGCCGUUACAAUUUAUUUACUAAUUGCUCAUGUUGUUUUUCAAUGGCAUGAUUUUAAUUGAAAUCUUGUUUUUAGAUUUUGUUAUAUUGUUUAUAUAAUUGUUAAUAAUAUGUAGUACGUUUAUGUGUAUCAUAAAACAUAGUUUUUUUUUCAAAAUGAAAAAAAAGUUCCGAAUCUUGAAAUUUAGAUCUUUGUUUUUUAUUUAGAUAUCAAAUUUGUAUUUAAAAAAAAAAAAUUAUUAAAAAACUAUCUUCGGUAGUUAAUUAUUAUAAAAAAAAUUAAUAAUUUUUUUUUAUUAUUAUAAUAUAAUAUUAUAUUUAAUUUAAAUAUAAUAAUUUUUUAUUGUUAUAAAUAUUUAAUUUAAUUUUGCGUAAUAUAAAAUAAUAAAUUAAGGAGAAUAAAAUUUUUAUAUAAACACUUGUUAUUGUAGAGGGAAAAGGAGUUUGUUGAUGAUAGUAUAUAAGUUGUAUCGCAAAAGAGUUGAUUGAAACAGAUCACGACACCAGACUGAUAAAUAAUUAAUUAGCAUAAAUGAAAAUUGUGAUUAUUCUGACUUAACGCUUUGUCUAUUUAAUUCAAAUAAUACAUUUGAUAAAAAAAAAGAAAAACAAAACGAGCUUCUUAGUUACCUUUGCUCGUUGCAAAUAUAAAUGACCGUAAUAAGCUUUUUCAUAUUAUAUGAAGACAAAACGAAUGACAGUGCCUAUUUUAUAUGUGUGUUAGAUAAUUGUCAUAUUUCAAAGUCCUUUUGUUAUCCUUUUUUUUUAUAAAGUAUAUAUUAUUUAUUUUUAUUUCAGAAAAUUGUUUCUGUAAUAAAAAUAAAUUUAAAGAUUUUAGUUGUGUUUUUUUUUCUCUAUCAGGGAAAUUUUAUUUUGCUUCGUGAACUUUUGUAAUGACAGGAACAUUUGUAGGAAAAAUUUUUGUUUCAAAUUAUAUAGGCGCGGAAAUUUUCAGUAUAAUAUUAUCUUUGGAAAAAAAAGUAAAACACAUUAUGCAACGAUUAGAUCUGAUAAGUUUUUACCUUGAUUUAAUAAAAAAAAAUUAAUAUUCGACAAUUGAAUAUUAUUUUUUAUAAAUCAAUUUAUUAAUUUUAAUUGUAAAAUUUAAUUUUUUCUUUUUUUUACUUAAUUUUUUUUUUUUUAAUAGUCAAAAUAUCCUUUUUGCGCAGAAAAAUGACUUUAUUUUUGAAUAAAAUAAAAAAAUUUCUUUGUGCAAACAAAAUAACUCCUAAAAAGAGUUUAAAAUAACAUUGAUUGCUAAAAUAACACUUAAAAAUUUAUGUAAAUUAUAUUAUAAACUACGCUUGAAUUGUAAAAAUCUCUUGCGAUUAAAUAUUAAUAAUAUGAUAAAUAUGUAACAAAUUAUAUGCGCAUGAACUUGAAAGAUUAAUGUUUGCUUCAGUCAAAGGGUAAAAUGACGAAAAUUAAUCCUAAGUCAAUUUAUACAUUGUUCAAUUCAUUCUGAUAUUAUUUUCAUUUUUUUUUUCUUAUUUGUAAUGUUGUUUUAAAGCAUUUUUUUUUUUUUAAAGAUACCGGUUCAAUUUACGUCACUAAUGUAUGCAACAAAUCCAAGGAAAAAUAUUGACAAGGUACAAUAUAUUCUUUGAAAGGGAAGCGAAUUAAUAGACGAAGUUGAAGUCAAUGGCAGCGUAGCGUCUGGGCGAAAAAAAAAUAUAUAUAUAUAUAAAAGAUGGCUAUCAAUCAUUUAAAUAAAAAUUUUAAGUCGAAUUUUUGAACGUCAUUUUUUUGUGCAGAUUUACUAAUAUAUAUAUAUAUAUAUAAUUAUUCUGAUGACUGCACUUUAUAAAUGAUUGAAAGUCCUAAUGCGUGUGUUUUAAAUAUAAUCUACCUGAAGAUAAAUAAUUUUUGUAUUUAAUAAAUUAUAUUAACUGGAAA